ACAUUCGUCAAUGCUAACACGAAAUUAAAACGAAAGUUGAAAAAAAAUUAUUUGUAUAGAAACGUGGCACAAAGUACAGGCAAGUCGACGUAGUCAACAAAAACUUUUCACACGAUGUUUCAUAAAAGAUUGUUAAAAAUUCAGAGAAUAAAACCUGUGUGAGUGGCAUUUAACACGUUCUUGGUUUGGUCGGAGUAAGUAGUGGAGAUAGCAACCAUGAGUUUUGACAGACAUCCAUUUUGGAAUGGACCACCAGAUCUCAUGUUCGUGCACAUGCAGGACCAGUUCUUCCAUCACAAGAAACAGACGGCCCUGCAGGCCUUGAACGGUAACCAGUUACAGCAGGCUCUGGAGCUCUACACUGAGGCUCUGCAAAUAGCGCAAACACUGCCGCAUUUAUUUUCCGAAAUUCCGAAAAUCCUCAGCAAUAGAUCUCUGGUUUACUACAGACAAGGGAAGUUUCAACUUGCCCUUCAUGAGGCCAAUCAAAGCAUAAAUGUAAACCGACUUUGGAUUAAGGGGUACUGGCGAGCAGCAAAGGCCCACAAGGAACUGGGACAGGUGGACUUUGCAUUGGAUGCCGCCAUUGGAGGAUACAAUGUAUCCGUGAAUCAGAACCAGGAGGAGGAGAUCAUUAGUUUUCUUGUUGAAAUCGUCUCUAUUAUCAUCACACUCAGGCAUGACCCAAAAAACCUGCUGGAGAAUUCCGAGAUUCUCACAGGAAGUAUUCAGACACAGAGAAAGCUGCUGCAGCGAUUAGCCAGCAACAACUGUUGGGAGGGGGUCAGUCUGCUGGUGAUGGGGGUCCACGCCGGUCCUCCGAGUACCUUGGAUGCGUCCGCAGCUAGCUGUCCGGUAGAUGACCUCUCGGUCGGAAAUCUUCUGAAUAAUAUCACCAUAACAGAGCUGAAGAGGUUUGGUGUUGAUUUGGCAAUUUGUCUUUUAAGGAGUGGGGCAUCGUAUGAGGACAUUGAACAGAAAAUGGAGAAACCUGUAAUUCAUGUGGGUCUUAAGGUUUCACUUGACACAGGAAAUAUCAGUUUGAUAAAACUGAUGUUCAGUCAGUAUUUGAAAACACCAGAGACAAAGGAUGCAUUAGAUCGAGAGGGGAGAACUGGGUUACACGUAAUUGUGCAUUCUGGAAAAAACAAAGACUCGAUUGGCGAGACACUGCUUCGUCUUCUGAUUAACAAUGGCUGUCAAUCAUCCAUCCCAGACAGGAACGGCAAACUUGCCAUUGAUUAUCUCACACCAAAUGAUCUUGGCUUCAAUAUCUUGUCCACCACCACAAAAGUUGCAGAUAGCCAUGUGAAGGUCAAAAUCAAUGAGAUAAAGGAGAAAGGAAACAUGGCAUUUAAAAACAAAAAAUUCAAUGAAGCCUUAAUUUUCUAUAACAAAGCUAUAACUAUGGUAAAAGGUUAUAAGAAUUUGACACACGAGGCAGCAGUAGUGUUGACGAAUCGAUCCAUUGUUCACACUUCACUACACAGUGUAACAGAGGCUUUGAGAGAUGCUGAAGAAGCAGUCAGAUUUGACCAAACAUGGCUGAAGGGACACUGGAAAAGGGGCCAACUUUUAAGACAAAAGAAGCUGUUCCAAGAAUCUUUCAGUGCCUUUUUGGAGGGUUAUUGGAAAGGAGAUGGCACUGUUUCAGAGAAAUACAACAUUCUUGUGGAAGUUGUUGCGUCCUUCUCUAAUAUCACAGAGAAGCAGGAGCUGGAGGCAAAUUACAAAAGUCUGAGCAAAGUUAGCAAUGAGGCCUGGCCGGAGGUAAUGACUAAACUGAGUGUCCGGGGGGAAUGGGCGGCCAUCAGAUAUGUGGUGCUAGGCGUAGACUUCAAGUAUAUCAAUGGACAAGUGACCCCCAGUGGUGUGGCGAGAGAUGCGGACUUGCAGGGGAUAACCUACAGCACACUGUUCCAAUACCUAGAGAGCCAUGAGGACCCUGCUUCCCUCAAUGACUGGAUCACUCCUCUGAUGUCGUUCCUCAUCACACAGAGGGGAGACCCAGGGACCUUACUGAGGUUCCGGGCAUCGGAGGAGGACAUGCCUCUUUCCGCUGUUGUUAGAUUUUGUGUACUCACAGGAGACAUUGCAUUAUUACAAAACAUGCCCUACAGGCCUGAGAUGGUGGAAUUUGUGGAUGGUAGAGGGGAUUCCCCUUUCCAUGCCCUAUUUAAGAUGUCCCAUUUUCCUCAGGGAAAGCUCCUGGCCUCCAUAGUGAGGCUACUGCUCCAGAAGGGUGUGUCUCCAACAGUGCGUGACCGGAGUCAGCUCCUACCUAUUGACUACGUGAAUCCCAGCAAUAACAAAGAGGUGCAUGACAUACUGAAGAAAUACACACAACAAGAGCAGAGACUGAAACAAGGACAGGAGCAGGAGAAGCAGAGACAAGAGAAACUGAGGCAGCAGGAGGAACGGCAGAGACAGAAGGAGGAGAAACGGGAGGAGGGGGAGAGGAAGGGGAAAAAGAGCGAGGAGGCGGUGAGGGGGCAACAUAGAAGAAACAAGAGGCAGACCGACAAAACCAGAAAGAAAGAACAAACUUACACAUUGGCCUAUUGUAACUCAAAAAUAAAGGAUGCAACACAGUUUUUGCUCGACAAAAACAUGACACAAGCUUAUUUGAGCUUAGCGGAAGUAUUAAAAAAAGUCCACAUGUCAGAGGAGCACAAGGAAUUGCAACAACAGGCAUUAGAUAUUGUGAUAACCUCCCUUGGAAAAUCACCUUACCAAAAGAUAGAGAUUCCAAAUGAACUUGUCAAAAUACCUCACGAACUUUAUAAACAGCUCAUCCAUGGUUUGGCAGCCAAGGAGAGAUGGAUACAUAUGUAUUUUGCAAUCAAAGAACACAGGCUUCACCACGGAGACUUGUCUCUUCCCAACUUUGCAAAAUCAAUGCCUCUAACCAAGGUCAUCAAACACUCGUCAUUCAAGGACUCAGAACAACUGUUGAUUGACGUAGUAAAAUGCAUGCUGAAUGGUGGAGCUGUGUUAGAUGAAGAUGGAAAGCAGGCCAUUUUUGCUGCUGUAAAAGAGAGUAAAUUCAAAGUAUUGGAGGUUUUGUUUAACCAAGGAGCAAACCCAGACCAUCUCACCAUUAAUCAAGGGGACACACCUAUUCAUGCUGCUCUGACUAUAGGCCUCGAAAGAAACAAAGGAAAUUUUUCGAUCUUGAAGUAUUUUUUCGAUUUGUUUGAAAACGAUCCUGAUAAGUACCCCAUGUUAGACCCGGCACAGACUAACUCAGAUGGAGACACCCUAUUCCACUUGGUAGCUAAAGCCAAGUACAGUAGCACUACUAAGAAGUUAGCAAAAUUUCUGUGUGACAAGAAGCUGAAUGCCUUGGUGUUUAACAAAGAGCGUAAACUUCCUAGACAUUAUCUCAACUCCAAGGAUGACAAACGUUUACAGUUUUUAGUGCGCAAAGACGUUGUGAAAAAACACAUUAAAGAUAUGAUUAUCAGUUUGCCGAAUAUUUCUCAUUCCUUCUUUAAUACAAAAGUGGCUGAGAUGGAUGAGAUUUCAAACUUCCAACAAAAGAAAAAGGCAACAGAAGAAAAGGAUAUAUCAAAGAUGGACCAACAAGUCUUUGACAAUUUAAAAUGGGAAGUAGAGUGCACAGCUGAUGUUUGGAAAACACUACGGGACAAAAAAGUUCCCCCUGAGCUGAAACAGAAAAUUAUUAAAAAAAUACAGCUUCUGGCCAAAGGGGAGUGGACCCCUCAUCUGUGUAAAGAGCUGAGGAACACCCCAUCUACCAUUAAACUGUACGAAGUCAAGCUCAGUAAAGCCAGUAGAAUUAUCUGGGAAUUGGCGAUAGCAUUUUCACCAAGACUGAGUGAGGAUGCAGAACAGAGGCUGCAGUAUGCAGAAGACGAAGCAGACCAGCCGAUCCGUGGGGGUAGGAUUUACUCGGAGGUUAUUAGAGUCUGGGACAUUGUGUUCGACCAUGACAAGAUAUAUAAGUCUGUACAGCGCAUCAUCAAAUCCCACUCCAGAGGAGAAAAAUGUAUAAUUCAGAGAAAGUUAAAGGGAGUCAAACAGAAGCAGUUCAAGGGAGGGAGAAGUGAGAGAAUACCGAUGUUGUUUGCUGAGAGUGAUUUGGACGCAGAUGUCAAUUCUCUGGAAUUCUUGCAGAGCUACUACCCACCAGCAAGCUCCAAUGAGACAGAAUAUCACAUUUUAAAAUUCUACAAUUUCGACUCUAAUUUGGUCAACGAUAUUUUGCAAAAUCUUGAGGUUAGAGUAGAUUUUCCAUUCAGAGUGACUCAUUUGGAACAUUCAAUUAUUAACCUUACGACUAAUGCUCCAAUAUUGUUGCUGGGUCGCAGUGGCACAGGGAAGACCACCUGUUGUAUGUAUAGACUUUGGAGCAAAUUUGUGUCUUACUGGACUGGGGCAGUAGCUGCAGAUUCCAAACUUAUUCCUAGAUGUCAGAUUUUUCAUCAGAAAAGUGAUGUUGUUGAUAAUAUUGAAGAAUCUGAAAAAGGCACACCAGAAGAACAAGAAGCAGAAUACAAAGAAGAAGGAGAAGAGGAUCAGACGUAUGAUCAUCUUCACCAUAUCUUCAUCACUAAGAACGUCGUUCUAUGUAGCGAGGUGCAGAAGAAUUUCAAGGAGAUGAGCAAUGCAUGUGACGUGGUAAGGCACUUUGUGUCCCAGAAGGAACAGCCUCUCCCUCACAGGAUCCAAGACAUUGGGGAUAACCAGUUUCCUGUUUUUAUCACCUCCAAGAAACUGCUUCUAAUGCUAGAUGCGUCACUGAAAGGGCCGUGUUUCUUUGAGAGGAAUGACGAUGGAAGCUUAAAGGCAAAGAUCCAGGGAUGGGCCGAGCCAGACGGAGCAUUCAACUUUCUUUCAAUGUUAGAUGCAGAAUCAGAUGAUGAAGAUGAGGAAGAUGAAGACAACCAGUACCAGUACACUGAUGACAGCGAAGAUGACCAUAACGACCAGGAUACGCAGAAUCGGCCACCUAAAAAAGUUGAUCCCAGGAGAGAGGUGACCUAUAAAGUUUUCGCGGAGGAAGUAUGGCCCUUAAUUAGCAAAAAGUGUUCGGGACAGUACCAUCCCUCGCUGAUCUGGACGGAGAUUAUGUCUUUCAUCAAAGGGUCUUUUGAGGCUCUUUCAAAGCCAUCGGGUUAUCUGUCAAAGGAAGAGUACUUUGACAUGGGAAGAAAACGGGCACCUAAUUUCUCUGGGGAAAGAGAAAACAUAUAUGAGAUGUUCAAGAAAUAUAACCAUUUCAAGAGACAGAAACUCUUAUUUGAUGAGAUAGAUUUAGUUAAAAAUGUGUUUAACAGACUGAAGAGAGAGAAAAAGAUGAAAUGGAUUAUCCAUCAGAUUUAUGUGGACGAGACACAGGACUUUACCCAAGCUGAGUUGUGUCUACUAAUAAGGAUGUGUCACUCCCCCAACGAAAUGUUCUUGACAGGAGAUACCGCCCAGAGCAUCAUGAGGGGCAUAUCUUUCAGAUUUGAAGACUUAAGCUCCCUCUUUUUCUAUGCCAAAAGGUCUACGCACGCCAUUGGAAAGUCUUCUGGUGUUAUAGUACCAAAUAAGGUCUAUCAGUUGACCCACAAUUACCGGUCCCACACUGGAAUUCUGUCUCUAGCCUCCAGUAUCCUGGAUCUGAUGGUGGAGUUCUUCCCAGAAUCAUUCGACAGACUGAAGAAGGACCAAGGGCUAUUCGAAGGACCUCGCCCUGUUAUUCUAGAAUCCUGCAGCUUCAGUGAUUUAGCUGUGCUUUUACGCGGAGACAACAGAAAGGCUUCCCACAUCGAUUUUGGUACCCAUCAAGCCAUUCUGGUUGUCAAUGAAGCUGCUCGGGACAACAUUCCAAAGGAACUCAACCAUGGAGUAAUACUGACCAUAUACGAGGCCAAGGGACUCGAGUUUGAUGAUAUUCUACUCUACAACUUCUUCAAAGAUUCUCAGGCUACAAAAGAAUGGAGAAUAGUGACAGAGUUCCUUGAAAAGUUGGCAGCAACAAACGAGCAGAGCAGUAUACACAGCUCGGAGAGUUUGGUGUCAAUAAAUGCAGAUGUUCUUAAACUUGGUGAUCGCCCUCGACCUUUAGCCUUUGACCCCAACCAACACAAGGUUUUGAACUCAGAGUUGAAGCAACUGUACACUGCAAUAACAAGGGCCCGUGUUAAUGUGUGGAUUUUUGAUGAGGAUCCUGACAAAAGAGCACCUAUGUUUGAGUAUUUCAAGGCUCGCGAAUUAACAAGGAAUAUCACUGUUGCUGAACUAAAAAAUGGCUCCGCUAAAGGGGUAUUUGCGGAGCAGUCCUCCACAGAACAAUGGCUACAGAAAGGGGAAGAGUUUAUGAAACAGUCCUUGUAUGAGGUAGCAGCCAAAUGUUUUAAUCGCGGUGAGAACUACCGUAUGGAAAAAAUCGCCAAGGCACAUCAUUUAGCUUCUUUAGCCGCAAGAAUGAGGGACACUCCUGAAGAUAUGAAUGAUGCAUUUUUACUGGCAGCAGAACAAUUCUUGGAAUGUAAGCAGCCAAACAAAGCAGCCAUCUGUCUAGAGAACUCCAGAGAGAGAGAGCUAGUAGCUCAUUUAUACAAGAAACUGAAUCAGCUAGAAAAGGCUGGAAAAACAUACCAUAAACUAAAGCGUCCUAAAGAUGAAAGCAGGUGCUACGAACAGAUUGGGAAAUUUAAUUUGGCUGUGGAAACUCUGGUUGAGAAUGGUCUGUUUGAAAAGGCUAUCAAUACACUGUGGCGUUACAAAACUUAUAGAGAGGAACUGGAUCAACAGUUGACGAUCCCAUCACGGAUUCUGAUAGAAAACGCCCCUAGUCACGAAUACACUGUGGAGAGUUUGAGUUAUAUGGCGGCUGAGGCCUAUCACUGCUCUAAAAACAAGGAGAAAAUGAUGGCAGCUCUAGAGAGACUGCCAGACCUACGGGCGAGAACGGACUUCCUGAUCCGUAAAAACUACAUCGAAGAAGCUGCACUGUUAUUCAAAGAAGCUGAAAUAAAGCCUAAACUGGAGGAUAUCAUGUCAUCAUUUGAAGAUUCAGUGAAUGAAGAAAGCAUGAGAGAGCCAGAGUCGGCAAGGGAGAAACUUGGUCUAAUGUUAGAUGAUUCAGUUGAUGGGGAAACUUUUUUCCGCUCUAUCGCUAAAAAGUUCUGUAAUGGGUGUGACCAGCUGGUAAAAGGUAAUCCCUGUGAAGCAUUGAUACAGUUCACCAAGUUUUGUACACUGUUGAGCAAUACUGGCAGUGCUGAAGUCAUUCCCCAUUACAACCAGCUCCUGUUGUGGAUGGAAUACUUCACUACAGUUGCCUUUUGUCUGACAGCCAAAGUACAGAAUACACCCAACUUCUUCCUUGUAAUUCCAGAGUCUUACAUUGCAGUAGUUUAUUCCUUAGAUGCAACAUUUAUACAGGAAAAAGGAGAUCCAACCUUUGAAGCUGUUCAGAAACAUAUGAUAAGCAAUGAUGAUAAAGACACUAGUCUGUUUCAGGAACGUUUGGAAAAACUGGUCGACAUUGUGUGUGUGUCUACUAGUAACUCUAAAGUAAACCUUCUUAGCCACAUUUUUCAAUUCCUCAAAACUGAACAAUCCAUUGCACAUGAGGUUUGUGGUGUUGCAGAGAGACUUUUAGUUCUAGCUCUAGUGUCCGUUUGCAAUAUUGGUAAGAGCGUUUCUAUGGAUGUAGAAACCAAGCUGGUGAGUGAGUUAUGUAAAAUCAAAAUAUGGAAGAAAUACCCCAGCAGACUGUCAGAAGCUCUAAAGUCAGUGCAGAAAGCGGAAUCUCCCGUAGACGUUGCAAAUGCACUCCGGAUUCUGCUAUUGAAGAGGGAGAAUGACUCUCUUGCAUGUUAUAGUUGGGAUAAUUCCAACAAUGGAUGUGGACUGCAAAAAAAAGAACUGAGGACCACAGAGCUUUUUAAAGAGUCCUUUUUUAAAGACAAGACAUUUAAGGCUUUGCAAAACCCUUCUGAGGAACUUUCAAGUGAAGUUAAUAGAGAUAUGAAAGAGGAUAAUGAGGUGGGUUCCACAUUUUCUAAGGAGGAGGAACACAUGGAGAUAGAUAUAACACAAAAAGAGGCGGAGAAAAGUGAGAUGGAAAAUGAAGUGCAUAAUUUGUCGUAUUGUGUUACACGAAAAAUCAGCAAAGAAAAACAAGAUGAGAAAAUAAACGUGUUUGAAUCCAUUCAAAUAACCAACACAGGAUGUGGCGUUUGUGGUGUGCGGUUUAAAGAAAGUACCACUGAUUUUGUGUGUCCUAUGAACAGACAAACAUUUAAUGAAUUUGAACCCUCUGGAUUAUUACAAAACCCCAGUUCAUUGCAGCUGUCACAGCCAAAUUAUGAAAGGGUGCAACUUAUUCAAACAAAUCCCGGUCCCGGUGUAGUAGCUGAUAAUCUCCCAACGUUUAAGUCAGAGAUACUUUUAAAAGAUGCAAAGGGAGAAACACGAGGAGAACAUGAACAAAGUGAAAAGCAUAAAGAAAUGGUCAAAUUUUACCAACAUUUUCGACUCAAAUAUAUGCAGGAGAUAUCUGAUCCUUUUCGUGAAGUACGAGACUUUAUACAGCGUUAUAAGCUUGGAUCAGCAGAAUUGGUAGAAAAACACUUUAAGAAAGAGACUUACAACAUCGGAAUUCUAUGUAGACAACAGGAGUCCGUGGAAAUUAAAAUAGAAAGUAUUAUCAAAGAAUGUGACUGGCAAAAUGGGAGAAUUUGGAGGGAGGUGCAGGAGAUGAUUGGUUCCUACAACUGGAUAAAAGACUAUGUGGAGACUGAAGCACGUAAGAGAAAAGAGAGAUCAGAAUCACGGGAAGGGGCCGACUCAGACAAAGACAGUCAACAAAUUCUGGAUGACGAUAUGGAAGCUAUUGAGCCAGUUGUUUACGAACCCAAAGAAAGACGACGAAAAGGAACAAAGAAGAAAAAAGGUCGAAGGCGAUGAAAAGUUUCCCUUAGAAAUCUGAGAGUGAGAAAUAAUUGAAGCUCUAGAUAGAAGUCGGUCCAAAUAUACUUUCCUUUUUAAGGAAUAAUUAAGAUUUUCAGAAUUUUUUUUAAAAAAUUGUGAAAUAAUACAGCGCUUUUGUUGAUAAUUUUAUUUUUGGAUUUCCGUACAUAUUAGUUUAUUUAUAACUUAUAAAUACAGGCUAGGAACUGAAAGAUUUAUUUUCAAAUAUUGUAAUAUGUUAAUUGUGUAGUAUGGUAUGUACAAUAAUUAGGAAGCGAUUGACAUUGCUCAUAGAUCACUUUGAUUUUGUGUUUUGAGCUCAUAACUGAUGUAAUUAUUUGGACUCAACAGAAAUUGAAUUUUUGAUUCCUUAAUGCUCUGUACGUUCUGUGCGUAUUUUUUUUUUCUUCAAGAUUUGUUCCUAUGCUUUGAACACUUUCUAUAAACGUUAUUUUAAAAUUAAAAAUCAAAUAAAUAAAUACUGCGAAAAAAUUCUGUAAAUGGGUAAGGGAGGAAACGCACCAACAUUUGUAUGCACAUAUAUUUUACUUCAAACCAAUUGACAUUAUUUCAUUGUUUGUUGAAUUUUCAGAUAGAGUGCGCGAAAUUAAUUCAAAGUGCUCGGAAUCUAAGUCUUGAUAUUCGAAGUUGUAACUAAUACAAGAAAUGUUGCCAUAUUAAUGUGCCAGAAAUUAGAGAAUUCCCGAUAUCCGGUAAAUUUCUUCAGCAGAAUAUACAUAUGUAUUCUUUGUUAGUAAAAAAAAUCCGUUACCCUUGAAAACUCGAGGAAGUCAGAUCACUCGAAUGCAAGUUUUGUUUUAAAUUCAAAAUUGAUAAAUUAUCCAAAGCUUACAGGGUCUCGCAUCAUGUAUUUCACACACUUUUCUUCUUAAAAGAACUUUUUUUUCAAAACACCCCAUGUACAAUCGCAUUGAAGAGUUGUCUAACUUUGCCAUAAUCAUGAAAACUGUCUCACUUACCUAAUGUUAGCGAUGUAUAUGAGAACAUAUAUUGAUACAAUGAUAUAGUGGUGAAUUUCUAAUAUAAGUAAACAUGUAUUGCUUAGAAUUUCAUGUCACGGCCGUAUUUAAAUGUUAGAUCGUUGUCGAAUUAUUGUAAAACUCAGCUGUUGGGUUCUUGGAAUAAAUAUUUUAUCAAUGCAUAGAAUUACGGUGAUAGGUAACAAUAAUUAUUACAGAAAUAAACGUAAUAAAAUACACACUCACACAACUUAGAUUCACGCAUUAAAUAUAUUUUAAGAUUUUGAAUAUGAUUAAUUUAUGUUUUAAACAAUUAAUUAUUUCAACGGAUUACUUUAGCAACUGCAGUAAACGAACUUACCGAAAUGACAGUUGUUCAAUAUCACUAUAUUGAAAUAGAUGAUAUAUUUGGGGGUGAAGUGUAUUAGUUUGAGGAUUUGGCGCCAAGCAUGCGCACUUUAGUGUAAAACUUGUAAAACCACUCAUUCCUACUAGAACCAUUUUAACAAGACAUUGGACUUAGUCUUAGCCCAAAAGACAGACAAAUCUUGUUGAUUUCAAAAAGCCAUGGCUGAGUGGCCAGCUAUGAAAUAGACAGGCCUACGUACGUCACAUUGCUGUUUGACACAACUACCCAAAGUCCAAGCUCUUGUUAAAAUGGUUCUAUUUCUAAAAUAGCAACAAAUCUCACAUGACCCAAACUCCUUUGAUCUUUCACAAUCCAAACUCAACCACAUCGUCGGAUACUCACGGGUGAUCGCGUCUUUUACUUAUCAUGGGAUAAGUAAAAGACACGAUCACCCGUGGGUAUCCAACGAUGACUCAAC